UGGGCUGCUGUUUUUCUCUAACCCGGAAGUGGCUGCUUCUGUUUACAGCUAGCACGAGUUCAAAUGGUUGCUGGUGUGGCCGCUAGCCUGAGUUAAACAAAAUGAACGACAGUCUAAACGGAUCCGUGUGUGAAGCCAUCACGGUGCACAAUUUUUCGGAGAAGAUUCUGGAGCAGGUCGUGCAUUUCCACGUCAUGAAGCUCAGCGGCGGGUUUUUCCUGUGGGUCGGUUCGGCUCCGGACUUGUCCAACCUGGCUUUGUCAAUGAGCAGCAAAUAUGAUGCCAUGCCUUUGUCCACAUUAGUCAUGGGGGACCCAUCCAAUACGACUCCAAAUUCCUUGGCUCAGAGAUUAGCAAAGAAGACCAAAAAGCAAGUGUAUGUGAGUUACAGUCUCCCGGUGACGGAUGUCAACCUCAGUCUUUUGGUGGAGAACAGGAUCAAGAAGGAGCUGGAGCUUCACCCUGAACACUUCUGAACACGUCGGCUCGUUGGGCUCUUCUGUGCAGAACUGAGGACACGAAGGACACCACAGAGUCGCAGGUGCUUCUCCAGUUCUUUGGACUUUCGUACUCCUUCACAUACUGCAGUCGUAGUCCGACACAAGAACCACAAACAGUCACAUCGAGUGUUCUUUUAUUGACAUAAUAAAUUAAGUGGUUUAUUAUCAAAACAUGUAGGCCUAUGGCUUUUUGUACAAAUGCAUCAUAUUAAAAAAAUAACACUUAGAAAACAGCA